CAAAGAUCAAGCUCUUAAGGGUCGUUGAGCACAGAAGUUUAUUGGGACAUCUGAACUAGAUUUACCUCCACCGAGCCACUCUCUUCAAGGUGUGUGCUCCCAGCUCGCUAUGGAGAAGCAGGUGGUGGAAAGCAGCAGAGCAGCCUUUCUGUCUGGGAGGUCACGAGCCCUGGGGUUCAGAGUUCAGCAGCUGAAGGCCCUCCGCAAGAUGAUGACAGAGCGCAGGUCCGACAUCUGUGAAGCUCUCAAACAAGACCUGAACAAGAGCGGGUUCGACGCGCAGCUGUUCGAGCUCCUGGGUCUGGAGGGGGAGAUCUCGCUGGCGGUGGACAGGCUGGCAGAGUGGGCUAAGCCUCGGCCCGUGGAGAAGACCCUGCUCACCAUCUCUGACCAGGUGUUCAUCCAGCCGCAGCCGCUGGGCGUGGUGCUCAUCAUCGGAGCCUGGAACUACCCCUGGGCCGUCACCUUACAGCCCCUGAUCGGAGCCAUCGCUGCUGGUAAUGCUGCAGUGGUGAAGCCCUCAGAGCUGAGUGAGCACUCCUCCAGGCUUUUAAAGGAGCUCUUGCCUCAGUACCUGGACGAGGAGAUGUAUCCCGUGGUUACGGGGGGUGUUCCAGAGACCCAGGAGCUGCUGAGGCAGCGCUUUGACCACAUCUUCUACACGGGGGGCAGCAGUGUGGGGCGGCUGGUGAUGGAGGCUGCCGCCAGACACCUGACCCCAGUUACCCUGGAGCUGGGAGGGAAGAGCCCCUGCUACAUACACAAGGACUGUGACCUCACAAUCGCCUGCAGGCGAAUAACCUGGGGGAAGUUUACAAACUGCGGUCAGACCUGCAUCGCCCCCGACUACAUCCUGUGUGAGCCCAGCAUCCAGGCCACGGUGGUGGAGGAGAUCCGCCGCACCCUGCAGGAGUUCUAUGGUGACGACCCCAUGACCUCCCCAGAUUACGGACGCAUCAUCAGUCAGCGCCACUUCAGCCGAGUGGUGGCCCUGCUGGAGGGCUGCACAGUGGCACUGGGGGGCAGCAGCGACCAAUCACAGCGCUAUAUCGCCCCCACCGUCCUGACGGAGGUGGCGGCUGACUCUAAGGUGAUGCAGGAGGAGAUCUUCGGCCCCCUGUUGCCCAUAGUAACGGUCAGCGGGGUGGAGGAGGCGAUCCGCUUCAUCAACGAGAGAGAGAAGCCCCUGGCCCUGUACGUCUUCUCCUCCAGCAACAAGGUGACGCAGCGCAUGCUAGCUGAGACGAGCAGUGGGGGCGUGACGGUGAACGACGUGAUGAUGCACUACACCCAGAGCUCUCUGCCCUUUGGGGGCGUAGGUCUCAGUGGGAUGGGGCAGUACCAUGGCCGGCACACCUUUGACCAGCUGAGCCACCUGCGUGGCUGCAUGCUACGUCCCCUGGCCCUGGAGGGCCUGAACCGGGCCCGCUACCCGCCCCAAGACCCCGCCCGGCUGCGUCGGGCCAGCUUCUUCAUGCUCACACGUGUGGCCUCCUGCCCCCAGCUCUCCUGUGUAUGGACCCUCCUGGCCUCCAUUCUGGCUCUGGGGCUGCUGAUCGCCCUGCUGGUACUGCUGUUGAAGGGGAGGAUAUAG